GGCGGUGCACGACGCCGUCGUCUCCCUCUUUUUAUCUGCCCCGCGAGGCCACAGCGCUACCUGCUGGCGGCUCCCUCGUAGACGCGCUCCACAUGUCCCCCGCUUUAUCUACCCCGUAGCCAUAGCCACGGCCAGCCUCUCGAGCUCUCUCGCACUCCCACUCCCUCUCCCUCGCGCCCAUUCUUCCUCUUCGUCGUCCUUCCCUGCUCGUCUGCUCUCGUCUUCUUUAAUUAGCUGCUGCGUCUUCUUCCUGGCCUGAGUGAGGGUUUCGAAGGAUUCGUCAGGGGGUCGCCAUCGCCGCCGUUGUGACGGCGGCGGCGGAGUUUGGCACCGCGCGAGUUCUUCAGAGCUUUCGACGCCUAUUUUUAGGUGGACGACGCGUCUCGCGUUCCUUCUGCCCUACCCAACCCAACUCGAGUUUCUUUCUUUCCAUUCCGUGACGUUGUUCGUUCCAUGCUGAUUCCCUUCCAUAUUUGCUCCAGCCAGGCCAUCGGCGGCUGCGUGGCUGCGCUCCUCCUGUUUUUAAUUUAUUGCGUGCCUUCUUUGCCUCUCACCUCAUAAAAUUUUUUUAAUAAUUCCUUGGGAUCUGAGGGGAUCCGCGGAGCGGGUUUGGUAGGAUCGUGGGCAGAGAGAUUUUAGCCACGAGUGGAGGAGAAAAACCAGUCUUCGUUUCGCUGUGACUUGCAGUCCGCUCUUGAUGAGCUUCGGCGGCAUGUUCGAUGGCGCCGCCGGCUCCGGCGUCUUCUCCUACGACGCUACGGGGGGAGGCGGCACGGGCAUGCACAACCCCAGCCGCCUUAUCCCCGCCCCGCCUCUACCGAAACCCGGCGGAUUCGGCGCCACCGGCCUCUCCCUCGGCCUGCAAACGAACAUGGAAGGGGGGCAACUGGCCGACUUGAGUCGUAUGGGCUUGAUUGGCAGCGGCGGGAGCGCGAGCGGAGGCGACGGCGACUCGCUGGGCCGCGCCCGGGGGGAGGACGAGAACGACAGCCGGUCAGGCAGCGACAACGUCGACGGCGCCUCCGGUGACGAGCUCGACCCGGACAACAGUAACCCGCGCAAGAAGAAGAAGCGAUACCAUCGCCACACACCGCAGCAAAUCCAAGAACUCGAAGCUGUGUUCAAGGAGUGCCCCCAUCCCGACGAGAAGCAAAGGAUGGAGCUCAGCAAGCGGCUCAACCUAGAGAGCCGCCAGGUCAAGUUCUGGUUCCAGAAUCGCCGCACGCAGAUGAAGACGCAGAUCGAGCGGCACGAGAACGCGCUGCUGAGGCAGGAGAACGACAAGCUGCGGGCGGAGAACAUGACGAUCCGGGAGGCCAUGCGCAACCCCAUCUGCACCAACUGCGGCGGCGCGGCCGUGCUCGGCGAGGUGUCGCUGGAGGAGCAGCACCUCCGCAUAGAGAACGCGCGGCUCAAGGACGAGCUGGACCGCGUCUGCGCCCUCGCCGGCAAGUUCCUCGGCCGCCCAAUCUCCUCCGGCAGCUCCAUGUCCCUGCAAGGGUGCUCCGGCCUCGAGCUCGGCGUCGGCACCAACGGCGGCUUCGGGCUCGGCCCCCUCGGCGCGUCCGCGCUGCAGCCCCUCCCCGACCUAAUGGGCGCCGGCGGCCUGCCCGGCCCCGUGGGUUCGGCGGCGGCCAUGCGCCUGCCCGUGGGCAUCGGCGCCCUCGACGGCGCGAUGCACGGGGCGGCCGACGGCAUCGACCGCACCGUCCUCCUCGAGCUGGGGCUCGCCGCAAUGGAGGAGCUCAUGAAAGUGGCGCAGAUGGACGAGCCGCUCUGGCUCCGCAGCCCGGACGGCGGCGGCGGCCUGGAGACGCUCAACUUCGACGAGUACCACCGAGCGUUCGCCCGGGUGUUCGGCCCGAGCCCCGCCGGCUACGUCUCCGAGGCUACCCGCGAGGCUGGCAUCGCCAUAAUCAGCAGCGUGGACCUCGUAGACAGCCUCAUGGACGCGGCUCGGUGGUCGGAGAUGUUCCCGUGCAUCGUGGCGAGGGCGAGCACGACGGACAUCAUCUCUAGCGGCAUGGGCGGCACGCGCAGCGGGUCAAUCCAGCUGAUGCACGCGGAGCUGCAGGUGCUGUCGCCGCUGGUGCCGAUCCGCGAGGUGGUCUUCCUUCGGUUCUGCAAGCAGCACGCCGAGGGGCUGUGGGCCGUGGUCGACGUCUCGGUGGACGCCAUCCUCCGACCCGACGGCGGCGGCAACCACCACCACCACCACGCGCACAACGGCGGCGCCGCCGGGUACAUGGGCUGCCGCCUGCUCCCCACCGGCUGCAUCGUGCAGGACAUGAAUAACGGCUACUCCAAGGUCACGUGGGUUGUUCACGCGGAGUACGACGAGGCCGUCGUGCACCAGCUCUACCGCCCGCUGCUCCAAUCCGGCCAGGCCCUUGGCGCGCGCCGCUGGCUCGCCUCGCUCCAGCGCCAGUGCCAGUACCUCGCCAUCCUCUGCUCCAACUCUCUCCCUGCCCGCGACCACGCCGCGAUCACGCCGGUGGGGCGGAGGAGCAUGCUGAAGCUGGCGCAGCGGAUGACGGACAACUUCUGCGCGGGCGUGUGCGCGUCGGCGGCGCAGAAGUGGCGGCGCCUGGACGAGUGGCGCGGCGUCGGUGAGGGAGGAGGAGGAAGCAGCGCCGGGAACGGCGGCGGCGGCGCCGCGGGCGAGGGGGAGGAGAAGGUGCGCAUGAUGGCGCGGCAGAGCGUGGGGGCGCCCGGGGAGCCCCCCGGCGUGGUGCUGAGCGCCACCACGUCGGUGCGGCUGCCGGUCACGUCCCCGCAGCGCGUGUUCGACUACCUCCGCGACGAGCAGCGCCGCGGCGAGUGGGACAUCCUGGCCAACGGUGAGGCCAUGCAGGAGAUGGACCACAUCGCCAAGGGCCAGCACCACGGCAACGCCGUCUCCCUCCUCCGCCCAAAUGCAACAAGUGGCAACCAAAACAACAUGCUCAUCUUACAGGAGACCUGCACAGACCCAUCCGGCUCUCUGGUGGUGUACGCUCCGGUGGACGUGCAGUCCAUGCAUGUCGUCAUGAACGGUGGCGACUCCGCAUACGUCUCUCUCCUCCCCUCCGGGUUUGCCAUCCUUCCGGACGGCCAUUGCCAGUCGUCAAACCCCGCCCAAGGUUCACCAAACUGCAGCGGCGGCGGCAACAGCAGCACCGGCGGUUCUCUGGUCACGGUGGCAUUCCAGAUCCUGGUGAACAACCUGCCCACCGCGAAGCUCACCGUGGAGUCGGUGGAGACCGUCAGCAACCUGCUCUCCUGCACCAUCCAGAAGAUCAAGUCUGCGCUCCAGGCCAGCAUUGUCACGCCCUAAGCUAGCGGGCAUUUGACAUGCAUUCCGGCGGCCACCGAUUCUCACUGAAGGACCACGGAGACGGAUGCCAUGUCAAAUGCUUAGCUCGAGGCAGGGUUGAGCUCGUCGCUUUCAGAGGAUGCAAUUAAGGGAACGAACUGGUGCUUGAGAGGCAGUGAAAGAAGAUUAAAAUAAAUUAUAUAGUGUGGAGUAUAUGUUGCAUAUAGAGCAAUAUAUGGGGUGAGGUACACAGGGAUUAAGUCAAGAACGAACCGCGUGCUAGGCUUUAAUUGCUUGAGCAAACAUGUUUUACUAUUGCUCAAGCUUGAUAUGCUCAUGUGGUGGUUCGGGUAUUGACUUAAGUCUCUGGCAAAGAAAGUGAAACCCCUAGGGCUUCUCCUAUAUUAUAUAUGUAGCAGUUUGUUUUAACCAUUUUGUGAAGAGUUUUGUUUUUUGUUUUUAUUUCUCUGAUAUAGGGAAAUAUAGAGAGAUGAGAGAUAUGCAUGCCCCCUAGGAUAUAUGGCUUUGUGUUUGUAACGUUUGUGUAGUGUUAUAAUUCGUUUGAGUUGAUAUGACAUAUAUGUUUUGUUUUGUGUGUUCUCAGGUGGAUAAAAAUGUUCUAGUGUAGCUCAUGUAUUGUCUUUGAAUAGAGGAUACAGACUGGCAUACAUAGGUUUGCCAUCUCAUUUCUUU